AUGGCAGAAGUUGGUCUAAGACAGGAGUUACGAGGCUGGCAGAUUUUGCUCAUUACGAUGAGCGGUGUGAUCGGUGUCACUAUAUUCUCUAAUGGUGGACAAGCCCUCGAGAUUGCAGGACCUGGUGGGAUGUUGUGUGCCUACUGCAUUGUCGGUCUCAUCGCGAUCGCCGUGAUGGAAGGAGUCAGUGAAAUGGUCCAGCUUUUCCCGGCUCCGAAUGCUAUCGUUGAAUACGUGAAAGCCUUUGUAGAUGCUGAUCUGGCUUGGGUUGUCGGGGUUGCAUACUGGUACACUUACUCAGCGAUCUUUGCCACACAAAUUAUUGCGGCGGCCGGGUUUUCAUCAUACUGGAAUUUCCCUCAAAGCUGGCAGACUAUCGUCUUCUACAUUCUUUCACCUAUAGUUAUCCUAGUGAUUAACUUCGCUGGAGUCAAGUGGUAUGGCUAUGUGGAGGCCUUUGGAGGCUCAUUGAAACUGUGUAUGGUUCUGGGUUGCGGUGUCUUCUUAUAUGUCACUGCUGACCAAGAAAAUUUCGGUAGCAAAUACUUUGAAGCCGGCUUACAGAACAACCCUAGAUAUGCAUCGAACCACUCACAAGCUGUCGCAUACGCAAUAUUCAUUAUCUCAUACGGGUUCUUAGCUAUUGAGAUAGUAGCAAUGACGGCGUAUGAGGCUCGUGACAUGAAAGAUCUUCGUCGCCCAUCUCAAUUGGUGGCGUACAUCAUUUGUUUUUCAUACCUUUUUUGUGCACUUGGCGAGGCUUUAGAUGUUGAAUGGAAUGAUCCAGAUCUCCCAGUGAUUUACGGCGCGUCAAAUGUAAACGGGGCGGCAACCGUCAAAAUCAAGGCCCGCUCCAGAGCCGUUGUUGUCAUUGCGGCCGAGCGUGCUGGGUAUAAGCAUGCCCCAGGCUUUCUUACCGGGUGUAUGAUUUUCUCUGCCAUGAGCGCCGCAAACACUUCUUUACACUUGGGUACUGUAGUACCUAGAACAGGGGUUCCUGGAUGGGCACUGCUCGUGUCCGCGAUAGCCUUUUUCUGGCUUCCUUUUCUUCAAUUAAAGUCAGGAUAUGCUGCUCAGGAGCUCGUGGAAAUCAUGGCCGUCUCAGGGAGUGUCAGCGGCCUGAUAGUUUGGGCAUCAUUGUGUCUGGCAUUUAUUCGUUAUGAAUACUGGUUGAGAAUGCAUAAAGACUCGCUCCAUGGUGCACAUUACGGGAGAUAUAAUCGGUGGGAUCGUACCGUCAGAGAGUCCUCUACCUUCUUAGGAUACUUCCAACCAGUUGUGGCUUGGGCUGGCCUAGCGGGCUGCCUCCUCGUGGUGUUUGUUUUCAGCUCUGCAAUGUGGUGGAAUGGAGUAAUAAGAUUCCGAAAGGUCGCAAGCGCCUAUGCAUCGCCAAUAAUUUUGCUCGCGCUUUGGAUCAUCCGCAAAAUAGUUUUCGGGGGCAAACACGAGCACCAGCGCGCCUCGAAUUCACAAAGUUGGGUUCUCAAACUGACACAUCACAUCAAUGGUUUUCUAGGUUCUUCGGGCGUCCUUGAAGGAGGCAGCCCACGGUUGAGCUCCCCGAAGGAUGUGGUUCUAAUCAAUGGAGAUCGUCUUGCAGCUACUACAGUCAAGACGGGACAUCUGUCUCAAAUGCUGUGA